AUGGCUGAAGACAGAGCAAACAUCCUGCUUUACUAUCCUGGCCUUCUACUCAGCAACAGUCCAACAGAAUAUGGGGAAAUAUUUUGGUACAUCAUGGGCCUCGGUUUUUUAGACAGACCAAAUUAUGAUUUCAUGUGGGAAUGCUUGAACAAAUGCUUAUUAAACAAUGGAUUGUCGGCAAACCAGCCAUUGGACUUUGAAUUAGAAACACAGGCUUCUGAUCAACCCCAGCCCAGCACAGAGUUCGCCGUCGCAAUUCGGAAGCCCCCACCAAUCCAUAUGGCGCAGAUGCCUUCACAGCCGUAUAUCGAUCACGUACCUGCACAGCCAGAUUUCUUGCCUCCGAUGCAGCCACUUAUGCUUCCACAAGAUCAAGAACACGCAGAGCAGCCUGCACAAAACCCUUUUCGAGAGGCAACUCCGGAUUUCACCUAG